UCCGCGGCCCCGGCGGCAUGGCGGCGGCGGGCGCGGGGCCCCGGGCGGCGCCCGGCUGGGCCCGGGCCCUGGUCGAGCCGCUGAGCGCGGCGCAGCUGCGGCGGCUGGACGAGCACCGCUACAGCGCGGCGGGCGUGUCGCUGCUCGAGCCGCCGCUGCAGCGCUACUGGACCUGGCUGCUGCGCUGGGUGCCGCUCUGGGUGGCCCCCAACACCAUCACGCUGCUCGGCCUGGCCCUCAACCUGGCCACCACUCUGGUGCUCGUCGCCCUCUGCCCCACGGCCACUGAGGAGGCGCCGGCCUGGGCUUACUUCCUGUGCGCAGUGGGUCUCUUCGUCUACCAGUCCCUGGACGCCGUGGACGGGAAGCAGGCCCGGAGGACCAGCUCCUGCUCGCCGCUGGGGGAGCUGUUUGACCACGGCUGUGACUCUCUAUCAUCAGUGCUGAUGGCUGUGGGCGCCUCCAUCGCCGUGCGCUUAGGGACGCACCCCGACUGGCUGUUUUUCUGCUCCUUCGUCGGAAUGUUCCUGUUCUACUGUGCGCACUGGCAGACCUAUGUGUCGGGCAUGUUGCGCUUUGGAAAAGUGGAUGUGACUGAGAUCCAGGUGGCCUUAGUGAUUGUCUUCAUCCUGUCAACCUUCGGAGGAACAGCCAUGUGGGACUACACGAUACCCCCUCUGGACAUCAGACUCAAGAUCUUUCCAGUCCUCGGAGUGGUAGGCGGAGCCAUAUUUUCGUGCUCAAAUUAUUUCCACGUCAUCCUGCACGGCGGUGUUGGCAAGAAUGGAUCUACCAUAGCAGGCACAAGCGUGCUGUCGCCCGGACUCCACAUCGGCUUGAUCAUUGUCCUGGCAGUGAUGAUCUAUAAAAAGUCGGCCACGAACCUGUUUGAAAAGCACCCGUGCCUUUAUACCCUCAUGUUCGGCUGUGUCUUCGCUAAAGUCGUACAGAAGCUGGUGAUAGCUCACAUGACCAAAAGUGAACUGCAUCUGCAGGACACGGUCUUCCUCGGGCCAGGGCUCUUGUUUCUAGACCAGUACUUCAACAGUUUUAUGGAUGAGUAUGUUGUUCUCUGGAUAGCAAUGGUCAUCGCUGCGCUUGACAUGCUGCUGUACUUCAGUGCUCUGUGCUUCCAGAUCUCAAGACACCUGCACCUGAGCAUCUUCAAGAUUUCCUGUCCCCAGGCGCCCGAACAGGUUCAAGUUCUGUCUCCCAAGAGUCAUCAGAGUAACAUGGACUGAAGAGACUUGCGGACACUUGCCAUCUCUUGCUGCUGCUGUUUCACGAAAGAGGAGACAGUAAACAUUUGUUUAAUUCUCAGUUAACUGUUAUACCUGUUUCAGCAAAUAAAAUCUUCCAGUGCCGACAUUAA